AUGAGCGCCUUCCCUCUGCACACUGCAGCUGCAGUGGGCUACGCAGGCCUGUCUGUGCAGGCUGAGGGGCCGGCGGCAGUGUGGGAGCUGUCAACUCACGCCUCCACUCACGACUCAAGGCCUGGAGAUGACGAGGGCAUUUCAUUUCCCCUUUCUCAGCCAGACCCCCCGCGGAAGCAGAACUAUGCCACCUCCGCCUCUGUGCAGCGGCGGCGGCGCUCAGCUGCGUGCUGCUCCGCGCCCUAUGUUGCUUCCGGGCAGCAGCAGAUGCUGCACAGCCCUCACAGUGCACCGAGCGGCUCAGCAAGGCGGCGGCAGCACACGCCUACUUUUGAAGCCCGGCCGCCGACUCCGCCGCAUGCAGGCUUCGGAUUUAAAGAUGAAAAGCCAACAGCUGAAGAGUCUGAGAAAGCAGCUCGAGAUCUCGCUGAGGCGGCGCUGGCCUCAGCCAGCGCUCUUGCUGCUGAUGCCCACGCAGUGGAUCCGGCCUACACAGCCAAGCCCACAGCGUUUCUGUACAGGGGCCACACAGCUCAAAUUGCCACUUCCACUGCGGGAAUGUACGGGGAAAUGAUAGAAAGCUUCAUUAAACAAGUGGUGGCAUAUGCAAAGCAAUAUGGAGCCGAUCAGUUCAGCGUCUUCUGCGAUCUAGGCAGUGGACGGGGCGCCCCCAGCGCCAUAGCCGCCUACGAACACGACUGGCUCGCCUGCCUCGGCAUAGAAAAGUGCCCGCAGGCCUUUGGACUUUCACUGGAGACGCAGCGGUGUCUGCUGCUGCGCGAAGCCUCAGAUCGUCUGCGGCAGAUUAGUGGGUCUGGUGGUGAGGCUGCUGCUGCUGCUGCUGCUGCUGAGAACAAGCAGCAAGUUUCGAAGGAACAUCUGCAAGAGUUGUUUCAGUCCAGGCCAGCGCGAGCUGUGGCUUUUUCCCACGAUGACCUUUCCGCGUUUGUCGACCUAGAGGGGGUGACCCACGCAUACUCAUUCGACGCCGCCAUGGAGGGGCCACUGAUCAACUAUAUCACCCACAUGUUCAUGCAGACAGAAACAUGGUGGUUCUAUCUAUCCUUUAGGAACGAUUUGAUAACUCGGUUCGAUUUAAAAGGAGCGGAGAUCAAACACCAGAUAAGCAGCAACAUGUGGGUUUCAUCUGAGGGCCGCACAGCUUAUGUUUACGUAAAGACAGACUGGCAAGAGAGACAGAAACUGCAUCGCAAGUGGCUGCGACAGAGGAUCCUGGCCCCGCAGCUCCACCAGCAAGCGAAGAAGCAGCAGCUCCUGCGGCAUGUGAGCAUACAACAGCAACUCGUGCUGCAGCAGCUGCAGCGGGAAGAGGAACCCGUGGCAGCCGCUGCCAAGGCCGCCGCUGCUGCAGGUGAGCCGACUCAAAAGACUCCUCGCAGCAGCAGACGCAGCUCAAUGUCUUCGGCGAUGGAUGCCGCCCGCUGCCGCAGCAGCAGCAGGAGACGCCAGAGCACCGCAGGAGAGGCGCUGCAGCAGCAGCAACAGCAGCAGGAUAUGGUGCUGUUUCACCUGGCAGCACGGCGACAGCAGCUGCACGUCCUUGAACAUCUCGAGCCUGGGCAGUCAAUUUGGGAGAAUCUUUGGGGGCAGCAUAAUCAAAGUGAAACUGACGCAGAUAAUAUAGACGACAAGGCUUUACUGGAGCAGCUGCAUGCAUUUCGCAGCACGCACUUCAGACUGUCCAAAUGGCACCAGCCCUUGACAGUGCAGGGUUUGCUGCUGGCGGCCUUGCUCCCUUUCGAGGGCCAGAACCAGUGGCUGCAGCUGCAGCAACAGCUGCUGCAGCCUGCUUCCCGUGUACUGACACGCGCGCAGCGGCUGCUGCUUUUGGGUUACGAUGAAAACCAGAGAAAAGAGGAAGAGACCCAGAGAGAUAGAUGGCUGGAACAACUCGCAGCAUCAACAGGCCCACAGGAAACCGUUGCCCUGAGAAGCAAUAUCCACAAAAGGCUGACAAUACAGCGCACGGAAGACAUGUCCCUCUUCGCCUUCCUGCCCCCCGAGGCCAACAGCAGCGCAGCAGCAAAUGGGGAUGCAGCCCUGCCGGACGGUGCCUCUCUGCGUCUUGGCUUUCGGCACAGCCUGAAGGAGCUGCAGGAGAAGCAGUCGCCGCUGCGAUCUCCCCGAGGCCGCGCCUCGUCAAGCCCUAUGGCUUCGAGGGAACCCUCACCUGUGGGCCACUCCGCAAUGUCUCCACGCACCCCAUUAGCGGCUGAGACACCAACGCAGCAGCAGCUCUUGAGGCAGCACUGCCGUUCGCCAGUCCGCCAGGCCCCCCGGCGGCGAGUUAGCAGCCAGUCGGCUUCCCCCGUGUCUUCUCGCCGCCGCUGCUCCGUCGUGACGGCCUCGGCUGCGCUUGCUGCUGCCGAUGCAGCAGCAGCAGCGACGCCGUCGAAGCCAAAGGGAGGGGCGCUUGCUGCUGCAGGUACACCCAACACGCGCCGCGCAGUCCUGAAGGCUGAGGAGGAGCUGCGGGACCUUGCCUUUGGGGCUUCUGGUACACCCAGUGAUGCACAGCCCGUGUCUCAGCAUGCUGCGUAA